GCUACUCGCGGUGUCUCCUGUGAAAUUAUGGUGUUUGUAAUUUAGUGGGUUUUUUUUUUGUGUCUUUUGUAUGCGAAACCAAGCAUAAUGAAUGCUCAAGAGUGGGAAAAAUUAAAACUCAAUUGGAGUCAUAUCAUUGAUGUCUACCCAAGUUCAGUUUUGGGAUAUCUGUUCUCAAAAGAUGUAAUCACUCGACAUGAGAAAAUAAAAAUAGAAGAAUCUGGUACUCCUUCUCAGCAAAUGAAAACACUAAUUGAUAUUUUACAGCAGAAACCAUCUGAUAAGUUAGCAUAUAGGAAUUUUCUUGAUGCAUUGCGAGGUGAGAAAGGAACAGCUUGGCUUUCUGAACAAAUUGAGCAGACCUGUUCAAUAUCUGAUACUUCUUUGGUGUCUCAACCGGAUCCCAGCAUUCUAGAAGAAAGUGUUCGUGUCAUGCUACACAAAUGUUACGUCAACAAGGAAGGGUGCUCUACAUUACUUGCUGACAUAAGAGAUACGCUGAGAGCAGAAGGUGUUUUUACAAGUAAAAAUGAAUGGAGUAAUGACAUACUCAAAACGUUUAUUUGUAAAGAAUUUUUGAGUGUUGAGACUAUAAAGCAGAAAAAAAGGGAGGGCAAAAAUGCUAAACAUGUUUUAGUUUUAAAAAAUAUAGGUAAAAAAGGUUCAGCUAAUGCAGUAGAACCUAAGGGAGACAACACUUUAUCAGGCUUAACUUCUUCUUAUGAUACAUCCUUGAAAGACAUCCAAAAUAUGACACCUGCACAACUGAAACAAUACCUCAAAGCAGUUUUUGAGAAAGAUGGCCUUGAUGCUGCUCCACUUGAAGAACUGGAGAAAAAAGGUGUAUCUGGUAAAGUAUUUCUAACCAUGAAGGAAGCAGACUUUAAAAGUGAAAUUCCUUCAGCAUCCUUUGGUACCAGGCGUACUUUCUCUAUCAUCAUUGAACAAUAUUCUCAUCCUCGGGAGCAAAAACCACUGCCAGAAUACUUUCGCAAGUUUGACUCAACUGUAAAACAGACAGACAAAUACAAUCUUGGUCGUUGUGUGGAUGUGUCUCAUAACAUUGGAGCUAAAACAACAGAACCUGUCAAAAAUUUUCAUUUAGUUGAUGAAAAAGAUAAAGAUAAGGCAAUAGAAUUUAUAGGUUCUGAGGUGAUUCCAUUUCUUUCAGCUUGCCUAAAUGAUAGACGAAAUGGAACGAUUUAUUUUGGCAUCAGCCCAGAAAAAAGUCAAACUUACGAAUGUGGAGAGAUAGUCGGAGUAAAUCUCUUGCAGCUUGAAGUACAGGCUGAGAUCAAUGAUUUUAUUAAAAAGUCAUUUUUAGAUAAUCAAAAAAACUUAAUUGCCAACACAGUGCGUGAUGCAAAAUUCAUCCCAGUUAUAGGGGCAACUAAAGAAAAUUUGCAUGUAAUUGAAGUGGAUGUAGUUCCUAGCAGUCGUGUUCUAGAUAAGGAUAUCAUCAGAACAAAGCUUAAAACCUUGCCAGUCUUUUUAAAGAAGCAUAAGUGUAAAGAAGUGGUAUUCAGAUUUUCAGAGGACGGCCUCCCAGAAGUUGUUUUAUCAGAAAAACAAUAUGAUUAUGAAAGGGAUCACCCAAGACUUAUUGAACAAAGGAAAUACGAGGAAACUCAAAAAGCAACAGACUACACUCCGAAUUUGAGAACAAAAUUGUUAAACCUAUUAACAGGUGGGAGCGAAGUAAUACAAGACACAAUAUUUUCUUUUGUCAUGACUAGUCCAAUAGACGAGCAUAUGGACGUAGAGUAUUUAAAAGAAAAUAUGUCAUUUAUUAAACACCUUCAUCCAGAAAUUGUGUUUGACUUUGAUCCUGAUGGUUCAACAAGUGGAAUCUAUAACAAUUUAGACAACUUUCAAGAAGAAGAAAUGAGAGUUUUGACAACUGAUGAUUUUGACAGACAAAUUAAAAAAUAUAAUGAUUUUAACAAACUAAUCGAAGGUCUCGCAAAUGAGAACAGAAUUUCAUGGAUGUUUUGUAAUGGAUACAAAAUAAGUUUAAUGGAUGAAAUGAGUCCAACAGAAUGGAACAGAAAGAGACGUAAACCAUUUCAAAAUGCAUUGACAUUUUAUACGGAUAACUUUGAUGAAGACAGAAUCAUUAUAAUCAUAUGUCUGUUCUCAAAAAACUAUGAGGUGAUGAUAGAAGCUUGUGAUGAAGUUUUGACCAAAUUACCAGACAACUGGAUACUUCUAGCUGAAAAUGAACACAUAGCCAAGUUAUGGCAAGAUCAGAUUUUGGCACGAAAUAGGGUAGAAAAAAAAGAACUUGGGCAUAAAUGUGUCAUAGGAAUGCCAUGGAAUCAAGUAAAUACAACAAUCACUCAUGCUACUAAGACUUCAGACAAUCAUGAUUGUUUUUUGCCAUGUUCGACGGGAGGACAUGUAGAAAUUCGAGAGAAAAAGUUGAAGGACUGGAGUGAUAUAAACAUUCUUUCUGCUGGAGACUUUCACAUCCCUGAUGAUGGAAGAGAGAAGAAGAAAAAAGAAAUAGAAGAGAAAUUCUAUCGCGGCGAGCAGGCAGACUGGUUGAAUUUUUAUUUCCAUGACCAAGUAUUGAAACGUGAUAUACAUAAGGAGUUAAUGAACAAUGUAAGAAAUGCUUUGGAAGGGAGAGGUAAAGAUGAGGAUGACAGGAUUACAAUUGUGCCAAUUUUACAUCAACCUGGAGCAGGCGGUACAACUUCAGCCAAACAAGUUCUGUGGGACAUCCGCGAAGAGUUCAGAUGCUGCAUGGUGCUCACCAUAAGUGAUCAAACUUGCGAACAGUUAGAUGAAAUACGAAGGUAUAAUGACCAUAACCCUAGACCACUUUUAAUUUUAAUAGAUAAUGAGGAUGAUGAACAAUGUCUCCGGCUUAGAGGAUCUCUUGAGGAAAAGGCAAGAAAGCGUUGGAAGGAUUCAGAGGAGCCUUUUGAUGUUUACUGUACCAUCAUUCAAUGCAUCAGAAGAGCAUCUUUACCUAAGCAAUUAAAAAUUGGUCAGGUCUCUCUGAAACAAGAGCUAACCGCAGCUGAGCUUGAAUGGUUCAAACAAAAAAAUGAUAACCUUACAAAAAGAUUUGAAACAAAUAAAGAUACAAAUGUAAACCCUAAAUUUCUUAUCUCUUUCAAUAUAUUGAAAGAAAAUUUUAAUAAAGAAUAUGUUUCAAAAGUUGUAAAAGAAUUUUCAGAGGAUGUCAAAAAAGACUGGGAGGUAAUCUUAUUGAAAAUCAUUGCCUUACUAAAUAACUAUGAUCCUGAUUUCAAAAUGAUUCCAGUCGCCUGUUUAGAUAAAAUGGUAGAAGACCAUCAAAGUUUUAAAAGGUCAAAGCUUGAAUCAAUAACUAGAAAUGUUAAGUGGGAAGCAAUAUUAAGUCAAGGGGUAACAGUUUUAUUAAAUUUGUCUUCCAACAAACGCCAACCUUUUACAACAAAAAAAACUGUUAGAGUAUUCAACAAAAUAAUAGCUCAAGAAAUUCUGAAAAGAAUGAAAGAACGCACUGAGCAGAAGGAAAGUGAAAUUAUGUUUGAAUUAUUACAAUCUGGCGUUUUUGAACAAGAAAGUGUUGAUUCAAGUCAACUGCAGUCAAUCAUUAGUAAUGUAAUGAAAAAAAGAGAAUUUAAAUCUGAUGGUAUAAUAAAAUACAAAUUUUCAAAAUUUGUUAUGCAUGUUCAAAAGACAGAAAGUUCUGAGCAAGCUGUGAAAUUACUGGAGACUUUAUUUGAAUUAAACAAAGACCCAUUCACUGCACAACAAAUAGCCAGGUUUUAUAUAGAUUUAAAAAACUGGGAACAAGCUGAACUUUUUGCAAAACGAGCAACUAAUAUGCUUGCAACAAAUUCAUUUCUUUGGGAUACAUAUGGUCAAGUGUUUAAAAACCAACUAUAUGAUAAAAUUGCGUCUGAAAAAACAUUAGAACGAACAGAGGGCUUUAAGGAAGGAGAAAUUCAUGAACUUAUAAAGUAUGCAGAAAAAUGCAUUGAAUGCUUUAGAAAAGAACAAAAGAUCAGUGAGAGGGAGAUAACCACACAUGGAGAUAAUAACUUUGCUGGUUACUUUGGUGAGUUGAGGGCAAUAGUUUUACUGCUGAGUGCACUGAAGCUAAGUCCAGCUUUCUCCUCAGGGGAUCUGCUUCACAGAUAUUUGGUAGAGCAGAAUUUCAAACCACCAAGCCUGAGUUUUCUAAGCAGCAGUGAAUGUGACUAUUUGAAAAACUUAGAGAAAUGUUCAAAGGAAGCCAUGAGACGUUUGGAUGAAGAAUAUCUACAAAUUAAAGGAAAUAUAAAUGUGGUGAUUGAUGCACCUAAUUUUGAGUAUGACAGACUAUCACUUCUUGAGUUGAAAGUAAAUCUUGAUGUUUACUUUGCUGAGCAGAACAAUUUUCUUCCUAAGAAUCUGAGUGAGUCUGACCAAAAUGAAUAUCGAUAUAGACGUGCAAGAAAACUUGGUGCAACUUCAUUAAGCAGCCUACUAAAAAUGAGACAAAAUAAAGAAUAUGACAAUUUGGUAGAAAUAUUUAAGCUAGUGCAUACAAAUAUAAGUAAAAAAAUGACAAACUUUGACAAUAUGAAAGCACUGUUGGAUACAGUUACGGUUCUUUUGUUGGAUCAAAAUUUACCCAGAAAUUUGAAAGAUUUGAAUUAUGAAAAUAUUUUGGAAUGGUCCAAAAGACUUUACAGCCUGGGUUUGGAAAAGUCAGGGGAUAGACCAUACCUAGAAACAUAUUUGUACUUUGUACUGUAUAAUUUUCCAACAGAAGAGCGGCAAGAAAAAUGCAGAUUGUGUUUGCCAAAGGAUUUAUCUAAUGCACUCUCAAAUUGGCAUGAGGCCUUUCAAAGAAAAUAUCCAAAGUAUGUCAUGGAAGAAAUAUCUUUAAAAAGAAGAGAAACAACUUUAUUUUUCCUAGGCAAUGGUGAGCCAUUGAAGGACAUAGUUUACUAUGAAAAUUUGCAGAUGAUGAAUGAGUAUUCUCUUCAAGAAAAAUGGCAAAUCCCUGAAGUCAGAAAAAAACUUAGAUUACAGACUGGGAUCCUUGCAAAUGAAGGAGAGAAGGUUACUUUACACAUUACCACACCAGAAGGCAACACCUUUCCUUUGAGUAUUUUGACAUCUCAUCGGGUCAACAGGAAAAAUAUGUGGCAGAAAAAGGUUUAUUUUUAUGUGGGCUUCAGCUUUUCAGGCCCUAGAGCUUUUGGUAUGUCGGUUGAUGAACCAGGGAAGAUUGUUUCAUCAGUCCCAAAGAUUAAGUCUACUGAAGAAUCAGGAAAGGAUGGAGCUAAAUCCAGAUCUGGGUCCAGAUCAAGCCCAAGAGUUAGACAGCCUCAGAUGCUUGUAGAUCUCUUUACACAAAGACACAAAAUAGAUCAAGACUUGAAAAAACUGCAGGAUACAGGGAAAAUCAAGGAGCUGGAGAGAAAGUCAGAAGAACUUUCUUUUGCCAUAAAGAAAAUUAUUGGAGAAUAAUAAGAUGAUAUUUUUGUUUGAAACUUGUGUAUUAAAUUACAGUUUUUAGUGUUAUUAUUUUUUAUAUAAUUAUUGAUUGUUCUUGACAAAGUUUUUUUAAUUUAUAUCAUGUGUCAUAACUGAAAAUGGUGGUCUGCUAAAUAGUAAACUGGUCCUUUUUAUUUGUAAGCAUUUUUCACUUACUAUUAUUUGUGACUUCAGAACGUAAGCUAAUUAAAAUAAUAAGGUAAAUUUGCAUAUUUCAAAUGUAGCAAUGUAUCUUAAUAAAAAAAUUUUAAGUAAGCAUACACAAGUAGUUAGUACUUUAGUGUCAAACCCAAAAAAGUUAAACUGUAACCAACUUGCAACUUGAAGGAAUCUGUUUUGUUACCCACAAUCGAAAUAUGUAGGGCCUAUGCAAGGAAAGGGAUAAUCUAUUUCUACCACCUAAUCUCAACCUAAAAUUCUACUUUUGAUAAAAUUAAGGUGCCAUGAAUGAAUAUUUGUUUAAAGUCUUGUUUGAAUGGUAUAUAUUUGAUUGAUUUAUAAAAUGUUAGCUGCAAAUACCAGAUUUCAC